AUGGGGAAGCAGAACAGCAAAUUGCGCCCCGAGAUGCUCCAGGACCUGCGGGAAAACACCGAGUUCUCCGACCUGGAGCUGCAGGGCUGGUACAAGGGUUUCCUGAAGGACUGUCCCUCGGGCAUCCUCAACGUGGAGGAGUUCAAGAAGAUCUACGCCAACUUCUUCCCCUAUGGCGACGCCUCCAAGUUCGCCGAGCAUGUCUUCCGCACCUUCGACACCAACGGCGAUGGCACCAUCGACUUCCGAGAGUUCAUCAUCGCCCUGAGCGUCACCUCCCGCGGGAAGCUGGAGCAGAAGCUCAUGUGGGCCUUCAGCAUGUACGACCUGGAUGGCAACGGCUACAUCAGUCGGGAGGAGAUGCUGGAGAUUGUGCAGGCCAUCUACAAAAUGGUCUCCUCUGUGAUGAACAUGCCCGAAGAUGAAUCGACUCCGGAGAAAAGAACGGAAAAAAUCUUCCGACAGAUGGAUACUAAUAAUGACGGCAAGCUCUCGCUGGAGGAGUUCAUCAAAGGUGCCAAGAGCGACCCGUCCAUCGUGCGCCUGCUGCAAUGCGACCCCAGCGGCACCGCGCAGUUCUGA